UCGUCUUCUUCCCACCAAACCUACAGUGCUUCUCUCUCUCUCUCUCCCUCCCUCCCUCUCUCUCUUUCUAGAAUCACAUCAUCUAAGCCAUCUCCUCUGCCACCAUGGCUACCGACGACCAACUCAACAACCCACCUCAACCACCUCCCCCUGCUCCCUCUCUCCCUCACUACCCCGAGAUGAUUAUGGCAGCAAUCGAUUCUCUAAACGACAAAAACGGAGUAAGCAAAUCGGCGAUUACAAAGCAAAUCGAGUCCACAUACGGCGAUCUACCCCCUGCUUUCACUACCCUUCUCACUCACCACUUAGACGUCAUGAAGCAAACCGGGCAACUCCUCUUCGUCAAAAACAACUACAUGAAGCCCGAUCCCAACGCCCCACCUAAGCGUGGCAGAGGGCGUCCACCCAAGCCCAAAGUCCCUCUCCCACCAGGCACCGUCGUCUCUCCCCCACGCCCACGUGGCCGUCCUCCUAAACCCAAAGAUCCAUUCGCUCCCAUUUCACAACCCAAGAAGAAAACUACCUCGGGAAGUGGAAGGCCACGUGGCCGCCCUCCGAAAUACCCCAAACCGGCCCCCACCUCUGCUCCUCCCGUCGCCGGUCCUCCCAGAGGCAGAGGACGGCCACCGAAGGUAAAGCCAGCCGUGGCCCCUGUUGGUUGUUGAACGGAACGAAACUAAAAACAGAGGAUGAGAGAGAGAGAAAUAGAAAUUAGAGAGAGAGAGAGAAAGAAGAUGAUAAUUGUUUAGGUUGUGUUUAGCUGCUGAGAGCUCUCCGGGAAUUGCUCUGUUUUUCAUUUUUUUUCCCCUUCUUUCUUCUAAUUUUAAAAAAAUUUUAAUUUUA